UAAAAAAACUCCAUUUAGUGGCUCUAAGUAACCAUUCAAGAUUGUUUUUGUUGCCACUCGUUUUUCCAUCCACUUGUUCAUUUUUGGUUCUAAAAUCUAUUUCCCUUAUUAUGAUGAUGAGUUUUUCUUAAUUCAAAUCAGAAUAGGGGGUUGCCAAACAAUCAAUUUGCUUAGCUCUUCAAUUAAUUUCAGAUCAAAUUAAUUUGUAAUGAUCAUGGUUCAACCAUGGUAAUGGUACAUCUAUAUGGAGUAAUUGGCAACUGCCACUGCUGUCCAGGUUUUAAUGGUCUCUAUGAAGCUUUUUCUUGCAAGAUUGUUCAUAGGCCCCUAUUACGUGUUCCGCGUAAUAAAUUAGUUUGCAACAGUUCUCUUUCUUGGAAUGAGCAUAGCCAGCUUAGGACUCAUCACUUAUGGCAAAGAGUGGCUUCAAACAGAUGGCUGUGCCGAUCGCAUGAUUCUAUUUCGCCUGAUGAUGAGUAUCGUUCAUCUCGGAACAUAGCUAUCACUUUGUUUAGGCGAUACAGGAACGUAAUUGAUCGUGGAGGAGGUGACAACUUAAAAGAGUUCAUUAGUGCUGGGGUGAAUGCAUAUGCUCUAGGCUGCACAGAUGAAGGACUGCGUAAGGAACUUCAUGCCAUGAAGGAAUCUGGAGUUAAGAUUGAAGCAAUGCAGAAUUUUGGAGGAAACACCAGUGUCCAAUCAAAGAUAUUUGCUAAUGAGAUAAAUGAGUGUAUUUUGUGGUUGAGCAUUAUAUUCAUCACCAUCUUAUGUACUCCACAACCAACUAUAGUUAGAUGGUCAUCUAUACCGCCAGUGUCGAAUGAAAUACUGCUUCAGUGGAAUGGAUUUUGUGCUCUCAUAGCAAAUGCAUAUUAUGUGAAGGGAAUGGCAUGGCUUCCUGUGAAGACUCUGCAGCUAGAACAAAUGGCCGUUGUGGGAUAUGCUGAGGAGCCAUCCAUUGUUGCCAGCCGAAUGCGAUUAGUAUUUAGCACUCUUGAGAUAGUAAGUCCACAAUGGCCAAGAGUCUAGGAUUUCAUUUGAACUCUUGGUUUCAUGGAACAUUUUAUAUCAGUACAGCUUUUGUAUUCAGUAUUCAACAUUGUUUAUUUAUAUCUCGUAAAGCAAAAACGUCUGUAACUAACAAAAAAUACUCAUUUGUAAAUGAUAAAUAUAAAGCUCUAGUAUACCACCAGAAAGAGAUUUGUAAAA